AUGCAGCCAGUUGCCGAGACUAUAGGCUGCUCUCCACAAACUGACAUCCACACAACUCAUCAAAUACGGAGAAGUUGGGAGCAAGAAGAAAGUGCCUCCGUAGAGCCUUCAUCCCUGCAUGCUAACAUCUUUGGUACUGGAAGAUACUCGGCACGCAUGCUACCAAAGGACAAAGGAGUUCCUGUGGUGGUGGCUAGGCAGUGCAGCUCCGUGACAGAUCCUGCUUCCCACGCAUCUUCCAUCCUGAGGAAGGUUAGCGCGGAUGGAGUGGCAAAGGCGGAGCACAGGCGCCGCUCCGCGAAGCCUGCCCCUGCCAAUGUGGAUGCAAAGCCUAAAAAGGCCACCGGAAAGGAUAAAUUAUCUGACAAAAGAAAGAGAGAGAGGGGAGAGGAGAGGAGAGAGGGAGAGAGGAGAGAGCAAAGUGACCAGCAAACUACAGAUUUGCCUGCAGAAAAGGGAAAGACGGAAAACCAGAGUCCAGCCUCUGAGGAAGAGAAAGAAGCCAAGUCCGACUAA